CGAUAAAAGAGCAGAAAGAAAACCAUUUCUGGGGCCCACAAUAUCUUAUCUCUGAUGCGCACAGAAAAAGUAGGUGCUGACGAAUGACUUCGCUCUUAGUAAAUCAUCAAUACACCCCACCCUCCCUGAGCUCGCCCGGGAUCCGCGUUUCACCGUUACGCCGCCUUGAAUCAAGCUCGACUAUGGUGGAGCUCAAGCAGUUGCACUCCCAAGUCAUGAGGCUCGGCCUCGCCGCUGACAACGAAGCCAUGGGAUGUGUCGUCAAGUUUUGCGCCCUCUCCAAAAAUGGCGAUUUGGGUUAUGCCCUCCAGAUGUUCGACACAAUGCCUCAACCGGAUGCAUUCAUUUACAACACCGUAAUGAGAGGCUACUUGCAAUGCCAAUUGCCGAGAGAUUGCAUUGUUUUGUACUCACGGAUGUUGCAGGACUCUGUCCCUCCCAAUCGGUACACGUUCCCUUCCAUUGUGCGAGCUUGUUGCGCUGAUGGUGCUGUUGGAGAAGGGAAGCAAGUCCAUGCCCAUGUCGUCAAACUUGGGUUUGGAGAUGAUGGGUUUUGUCAGAACAAUUUGAUUCACAUGUAUGUGAAGUUUCAGUCUUUGGAGGAAGCUAGAAGGGUGUUUGACAAGAUGCCCCAGGAUGUUGUGUCUUGGACGACUUUGAUUACUGGGUACUCCCAAUGUGGCUUCAUUGAUGAGGCUUUUGAAAUUUUCGAGUUGAUGCCUGAGAAGAAUUCUGUUUCUUGGAAUGCCAUGUUUUCCUCUUAUGUCCGGAGUGAUCGUUUUCACGAGGCGUUUGCUUUGUUCCAAAGAAUGCGAGUGGAAAAUGUAAAAGGUCGUACCAAGUGCACAAGGCUCCCGCUUUACGCAGGGUCUGGGAGAGGUGAAUGUCGGCAGCCUUACCCCCAUUUUAUGGAGAGGCUGCUCCCAAGUCUCGAACCCGAGACCUACCGCUCAUGGGCGAGUGGAAAAUGUAGAAUUGGAUAAAUUCAUGGCAGCUAGUAUGCUGUUGGCUUGUACAGG